AUGAGUGAAGAUUCUGCGCGGUCGCGUUCGCGGAAUCGCAACGUUAUAUAUGAAAAACGUCGGGAGUUACUUUUCGAUUGGUGUAAUGACCUGUCCAGCGGGGAGGUGCCAGAAGUUGAGAUCGUUAGCCUUCUACAAGAACACAUACCAAAGUACCGCUUGAGAGCAGAUAGCCUCACCCAGUUUGGAGGAUACGAAAAUCAAGACUGGUUUAUACCUUCGCCGGCGUUGCCUGUCAGCCCAGAAGAUCUCGCCCUCACGCCUGACCAGAUCAGGGAAACGCUCAAUUAUUUUCGUAUGUACAUCUUAUAUUUAUCUCAAUUGUUAGUGUCUAAUGGCACUGUUAUAAGUUAA